UGUGGCACUGAGCAUGGAUAGGAUACAGCAGAUGCACCCGGCGUGACCCUUCUGGACCAGGUGUUCGACCUAAUGGCAGCCUGGGCCCGAGUGGUGAUGGCUUCUGUCCUGGUUUAUUUCAUCCCGCUUCCUGGAGCCAGAUGCGAGGAAAACUGUGUCAACGCUGAACAUUGUCUGUCCACCGACUGGGUUCAUCUCUGGUAUAUAUGGUUGCUGGUGGUGGUUGGCGCGUUGCUUCUCCUCUGUGGCCUGACUUCAGUAUGCUUCCGCUGCUGUCUGAGCCGCCCAGAAAACGGGGAAGAUGGGGCCCCAUCACCCUAUGAAGUGACCGUCAUUGCUUUUGACCACGACAGCACUCUCCAGAGUACCAUCACAUCCCUUCAGUCUGUGUUUGGCCCUGCAGCUCGGAGAAUACUGGCCGUGACCCACGCACACAGCUCCCUGGGCCAGCUGCACUCCUCUCUGGACACACUUCCAGGCUAUGAGGAAGCUCUUGGCAUGAGCCGUUUCACGGUGGCAAGGUGUGGGCAGAAAGCGCCUGACUUACCCUCGGUACCAGAGGAAAAGCAGCUGCCUCCCACAAGGAAGGACUCUUCUCAGACAGAACUCCCAUCACAAUGAUGGGAAUGUUGAUGGUAUUCCUAAUAUCCAAGACAUCCUUAGAGUUGGGAAAGAUCCCCAGAUAUAUAGAAUGUUUUCUUUGGUACCACCCAGAAAGUUCAGGAUACCACCUAGACAUUGGUGUGUCAGCAAGAUAGGUUCUCACUCUUCAUUUACAACAAUAUAUUUUUUCUAAUACACAAUUGGAAUUCUAACUUCUUAUCCAAUGGUCAAAAUUUACAACUCACCUCUAGCUAUAUUGAUUACUACCAAAGCAGGGGAGCACUAAGGUGUCUUGAAUUCCUUCAACUAUGGCAUGCAUACAAAGUUCCUUUAACCCAGAUGAUACCGCAAAUUGCUCUUCUCUCUGCUUGACUGUGGUAACCUUGAAGGGAAACACAAUGCAAGCAUAACCGUUGAUGUUAGUGCACCAAACACAUGCAUCUUUUCUUCUAGGGAGCAACCAACAUUAUGCUGAACAAUGAUGGCCACUUACACAUCAUAUAAUACCAACCUGGACUUGUAGAUUACAGGG